AAAGCUUUGCUUUCCCUGCAGGUCAUCCCUACAAGUCAGCCCAGGACCCUAGAUACCAUGGCUGCCCUUUGCAUCACCGUGGCUCUGCUGGUGUGGAUGGCCACCCUCCUGCUCAUAUCCCUCUGGAGGCAGAUACUCAGCAGCUGGAACCUGCCCCCGGGGCCCUUCCCACUGCCUAUUGUUGGGAACUUUUUCAGUGUGGAUUUGAAGGAUGUUCCUAAGUCCUUAAACAAGCUGGCAGAGCGCUUCGGGCCUGUCUUCACUCUGCACCUGGGUUUUAACCGUAUUGUGGUCCUGCAUGGCUACAAGGCCGUGAAGGAGGGGCUGUUGAAAUACAAGAAUGAGUUCUCUGGCAGAGCAGAGAUCCCUGCCUUCAAGGAGCAUGAGAACAAGGGAGUUAUUUUCAACAAUUCUCACACCUGGAGGGAUGUCCGCCGGUUUUCCCUGAGCAUCCUCCGAGACUAUGGGAUGGGGAAACAGGGCAAUGAGGAGCGCAUCCAGAGGGAGGCUGGCUUCCUGGUGGAGGAGCUCAGGAAGACCCAGGGCCAGCCCUUUGACCCUACUUUUCUCAUUGGUUGUGCACCCUGCAAUGUCAUCGCCGACAUCCUCUUCAACAGGCGUUUCGAUUAUAAUGACAAGACGGUUCAUAGGCUCAUGCGUUUGUUCAAUGAGGACUUCUACUUGCUUAGCACUGCUUGGGUCCAGCUUUAUAACAAUUCAUCGGGCUACCUACGCUUCCUGCCUGGAAGCCACAGAAAACUGCUUAAGAAUGUGUCUGAAAUAAAACAGUACACACUUGAAAAAGCCGAGGAACAUCUCCAGUCUGUGGAUCUCAACUGCCCCCGUGAUGUGACUGACCGCCUGCUGGUGGAAAUGGAGAAGGAAAAACAUAGCGAAGAGCCUGUGUACACACUGGAAAAUAUUUCUGUGACCUUGGCAGACCUGUUCUUUGCAGGGACAGAAACUACCAGUACCACUCUGAGAUAUGGGCUCCUGAUUCUAAUGAAAUACCCCGAGAUUGAAGAGAAACUUCAUGAAGAAAUCGAUAGGGUUAUUGGGCCAAGUCGCGUCCCUGCCGUCAAAGACAGGCUGGAGAUGCCCUACAUGGAUGCUGUGGUGCAUGAGAUUCAGAGAUUCAUCAACCUUGUGCCCUCCAGCCUUCCCCAUGAGGUGACGCGGGACAUCAUGUUCCGAGGAUACCGGAUUCCCAAGGGUACAGUUGUAAUUCCAGCCCUGGAUUCACUUUUGUAUGACAGCCAAGAAUUUCCAGAACCAGAUAAAUUUGAGCCAGAGCACUUUUUGAAUGACAAUGGGAAGUUCAAGUACAGCGACUAUUUUAAACCAUUUUCUGCAGGAAAACGAGUGUGUGUCGGAGAAGGCCUGGCCCGCAUGGAAUUGUUUCUGCUCCUGUCUGCUAUCCUGCAGCAUUUUAAUCUGAAGUCUCUGGUGGACCCCACGGCCAUUGACCUUACCCCGAUUGCAGUUGGUUUAGGCAGCGUCCCUCCACACUACAAACUGUGUGUCAUUCCUCGGUCAUGACUGUGAACAAAUGUACCACAGA